UAGUCUCGUGAUUUCACAUCGGUCUCGAGUCUCGACGAAACAGAGAAAAUGAGUGGACGGUUUGCAAAGAGGAGUCAACCCGAGCUAGACCUCUCUUCUUUUACCAAACUCGACGCUCUCAUUCUCGCCCAAUCUGUAUACGAACUCGGGGCUUCAUCAUGGCCAACAGUGGCAAAAUUGCUGUCGAAACAUCCCCUACUACGACAUCCGAAAUCAUUCUUUACUGCUCAGUCAUGCGAAACAUUGUACAAGAAAUUAAGGAAUGAUGCUUCUUUGGAAAUAACAGAGGCAGAUAAUGAACGACACUCUCCACUCAACCGCAAGCUUGCGCAGAUACACUACCAGGCUCGUAUCCUCGAGCUUCGAGACUUGAUCAGCACCGAAGAACAGAAAUUCAAGAAAGUCUUAUCUGAAAUCGAAGAACUGAAAAAUAAUGCUAGUAAAGCGACUGCGCCUACAAAUGGAGCUAAAAUGGGCGUUGAAGACUUUACUGCUGAUCUUAGUGGAAUCAGCUCUACCUUCUCUUCUAAUAAAGUUGAACCAUCGAACGAUGAGACUGCAAACCUAUUACGUUCACCGCAACAUUCCGAUAUUGAAGAAGUAGCAUCCCUGGCAAGAGACAACAGUGCGGAAGCCCGAGAUGAUAACAAAGAAGGGAGGGACGAAGUUGAAUCGUUAGCCAUCUCACACGAUGACACGCCACCCCUCCUACACGUCCGACCUUUGGAAGGCGACGCUCCUCAGCGAAGUGUUGUCGAGGUAUCCAUUGACGCAGACGAUGAGGUUUCCCGUUCUAGUCAGGCUCCAACCCCGACCGCGGAAACCGAACAUGACCGUAUGGAGAUCGACGAAGAGGGUGUCACCUCUGGAGAUGAGCCACUCCAAAGAGCACGUCGCGCUAAAGCCGCAAAGCGCCAACGCAAGGCCAGUACUCCUCUUCCAAUGAAGAAAGGACGUCGUCUGCGUCCCCCUUCCAUACUAGAUACAGAAAUGGCACCAGAGGCGACUGACAACAUGACGGAAGAGUUGGUUCAAACACCAGGGACGGUUGACGACGAAGCAUCCCCGGCACCAGAUGAUGUGCUGUUCAAGCGUCAGGGUAAACGCCGAGCUUCGUUUUCAGACGAUAACCCACGAGAAUUAAGGCGUUUACGGGCUGACUCCGAACCUAUCGAUGACGAAGAUGGGCUUCCGUCUUCAUCCCGGAGACGACGCCAGGACAAUCAAGCUUCAAAACGGUUCCAGAACGUCAUUGGCAUGCUCCAUUCCCAAAUAUCCGCACACCGGAACGGCACCAUCUUCCAUAACCCCAUCAAAAACUCGGAGGCGCCGGAUUAUCACGAAAUCGUCAAACGUCCCAUGGAUCUCAAGACUAUCAAGUCGAGAAUCAAAGAUGGCGCCAUCUCAAACUCGCUAGAGUUUCAACGCGAUAUCUAUCUAAUGUUUGCAAAUGCAAUGAUGUACAAUAGGCCAGGAUCUGAUGUGUAUAACAUGACAGAAGAUAUGAUGUUAGAGAGCGAAGGAUAUAUCCAGACUUUCCGACAGACAGAGGGGUUCGUGCGAGGUUCUCAGCGCUAAAUGACAAGGUUCAGUAAGAUACCUCCCAGUUUAGCUGAGUUUGGUUAUACAGUACAUCACAUAUGUAUGCAUGGUCACAAUCGUGGCCCACCAAAAAUUGUGAGAUCAAAAAGAUUACAUAGUCUUUUGAGUAGUUUGAGUUUGAGUUUUGUGAAAUCAAAUGGACCAGCAGAUAUUUCAGAAUCAAGUCUUUCCA